AUGCCACGCUGGUGGUGGUACAAGGUAGAAGUUAUCAUCCUGAUUCUGGUAGGAUUCACCAGCAUCCUCUUCCUUCUCCAAAAUAAUGAUAACAGCCACAUCUCAAAAGAGUUGAGAGAAACCUCCAGCCCAAUCCCACCCAUCGUUACCAAAGCCCCCAAACCCAUUGCCAAGUGCCGGGAGAAUGUGUCCAUGGCCAACAUCUCUGGCUUUGCCCAGCUGCCAGACCACAUAAAAGAUUUCUUGCGAUAUAAACAUUGCAAAGAAUUCCCACUGCUUCUGGAUCUGCCGAAUAAAUGUGGUGGCCCGGAAGCCUCCCACGAGGUCUUCUUGCUCCUGGCCAUCAAGUCCUCACCCGGCAAUUAUGAGCGGCGUGAGAUCAUCCGCAAGACGUGGGGGCAGGAACGGACCUAUGCCAGAGUCCAUAUUCGGAGGGUCUUCCUCUCUGGGAUGGUACCCAACGCUCGUGAGGCUUGGAAGUUGCACAAGCUCCUGAAGAUUGAGGCGGAGGAGAAUGGAGACAUCCUCCAGUGGGGCUUCCAUGACAGUUUCUUCAACCUGACGCUCAAGCAAGUCCUUUUCCAUGCCUGGAUGGAGGCCCGGUGUCCCGACGUCCGCUUUGUUUUCAACGGAGAUGACGACGUCUUUGCCAAUACAGACAAUAUCAUCCAUUACUUGUUGAGCAUCCCGGGAGGAGGGGACCAACACCUCUUUGUGGGUCAACUCAAGGAAAAUAUGGUCCCCAUCCGUGAAAAGUGGAGCAAGUAUUAUGUGCCAGAGCAAGUGACUAUCUCCAAGGCCUACCCACCUUACUGCAGUGGGGGUGGUCUUCUCAUGUCCGGCUACACUUCCCAGACAAUCUAUGAGAAAUCUCUGGGGAUUGAGCUCUUCCCCAUUGAUGAUGUGUACCUGGGGAUGUGUCUCCAGAAGGCGGGGCUGUCUCCCUCCUCCCACAUGGGCAUCCGGACGGUGGGCGUGAGGAUCCCCUCCUCCAAACUGGUGUCCUUUGACCCCUGUUACUACAAAGAGCUCUUGCUGGUCCACCGGUUUGUGCCUUAUGAGAUGCUGGUGAUGUGGAGAGCGAUCCACCAGCCAGACUUGGUCUGUGGGAAGAGAGUAGAGGUCUACCAGAGUUUCUGA